CUUUGAGCUUGAAGUAUUAUCAGGCCAUAAGCAACCACCUCUUUCUGUGUAGCUAUUGGCGAGCCAUUUUUCUCUGAAGGUAUGGUGUCAUCCAUUACAACCUCGACCGAAGAAACAAUGGCACAGUCUGACUCAAGUUACCCCGUUUUCAGUUACCAUCACAUCUAUAUAUGGAUGCCUCUUGGAGUCCAGCAGGUCGGCCACGCAUCCCUACAUUUAAGUAAUGGCGAAUAUAUCAGUUGGUGGCCUCAAGAGGUCGGAUCUGGGCUAAAGAAACAACGAAGAUUCAACCGCAGCUUGAAAGACGACAAUGUAGCAGAGAAAAUGCCUCCUGACUAUGAAUAUAGGAUUUCGUCUACAAAAUUAGACCUGGAUGAAAUGAUGAAGAGGUGGGAGAAACAAAAGGACACAUCACGGUAUUCCUUACUUCGUCAGAACUGUUGCAGGGUAGUGUACAAUGUCCUCCGAGCAGGCGGAGCCCCAGAGAGUCUUACAAUUGUUUGGAGACCAGAAACUUUACGGAGAUAUUUGGUCAUUUACCAGGGAGGUGGGUCAAGCUUAAAGACUCUGCUUAACAUGCCAGGUUGGGAUUCCCCUUUUAAAGAGAAAAUAAAGAUGUACACAUGGGAAGCUAUGGAUGGAAAUGAAAGACACUUUGCACUAUCUCUGGAUGAGUCAGUGUACGUAAGUUGGUGGCCCCGUACCUCUCGUGCAGCAGAGCAUGCAGGAGAAAGCUUAAUGGAAGAUCGAGAAACGAUUGGACGAGUGGAGGAUAAGACAUAUAUCUUUCCUGACAACGGGAUGGAGUACCACCUGAUGAGGAGACGCUGGAAGCAAAUGUGGCAACAUGAAACAUCUAACAUGUGGGAAACUACCUCGGACUGGGUGGUGUGUAAGAUUCUGAGUGCAGGCGGCCUGUCUUUUUAUGAUUUAGGGAAAUUAAUCACGGAAAACGGAAUGUUUGAAACCAGCGGAAGAAAGUUAUCAUCCAAUUGUAAGGCCUCUGAAAAGGGAUGCCGCCGACUGGAUGUAUCGACUUUGUUUGCAUUGUAAAUAUAAAUGAUUGAAUAAUUGAGAAGAGAAUGAUGACAGAGAAAAUAUUUACUGAAAUCUGGCAGAAACAAUGUUUGCGUUCAGAUACCUACGGCAUACCCAUAUGCUCUACGAUACUGUGUCAGCCUUGGCAUUUGAGUGAUGCUGAUUAUCAGAUCAUUCUCAUGCAUUGAGAUGCAUUUAAAUAUCCAAAUAAGUAAGAUCCUUCAAGCUUAUUGGACAGUGGAUCGAG